ACACAGACACUAACACUCUUAAAUCCUGUUUUCCUCAUUUAACUCCGCGUUCUCCGAUUCAAUUCUCUCUCUCUCUCUCUUUUUUUUAAUCUUUACUUUUAACUGAACAACUUAUUUUCUUGCUUGCAUUUGCAGUUGCAGGCAGAAGCUCCUCUGUUUCUUCCUCCUCCUUCACGCCAUUGCUUCGAUCUAGGGUUUUACAUCCACACUGUUGAUACGUGUCCAACUGUCCAUUCCAGCUGCAGUAGCGAUUGCGGUUUCAUUAAUUUUGGAUUCCACAUCCACGUUUCUUCUCGUCCUCCGAGGUUUCCUCUUUCAGUUCUAGUCUGCCGUGGACUUCAAUCAGCAUUGCUAGUUUAUAGUUUAUCGAGCAGGCAGAUCUUCCAUCCAUUUUCUUUUGAGGGCAAUGGCCAAACUGGUUACGCUUUCUUUCUCUAUGCUUCUACUGCUGCUAUUCGCAGAUUUCACCGUCUCUCAAGAUCCUCCUCAGUUCUCACCGGUUCCUGCGCCUCAAAGUGGAGACGUGGUUCCCUCCCCUAUACCUCUUUCUCCCCACAGCGGUGCUCCCUCGCCUGCACCCUCGGUCCUGCUCCUCCCUCCUCCACCCGACGUUAGUUCUCCUCCAGCGCCUCCACCAUCGGAUCAGGCAUCUGACUCUUCGCCAACAUUGUCUCCUGCAUCAUCACCGGUCGACGCCAGUGACAUUAAUCACAAAAUUGAAGAUAUGGCUGCGACUUCUGAAGAGUCUACAGGCUCCUCUGGCGGAUUGAAAGGGGGACAGAAGGCUGGAAUCGCGAUCGGGGUCAUCCUCGGCGCUUGUGCAGUCGGUUUCGUGGGCUUCGUUUAUAAGAAACGCAGAGAUAACAUCCGGAGAUCCCAAUAUGGGUACGCCGCGAGAACAGAACUUCUCUGAGAUUGGUUACAAGGUUACACCCUGAUCUUAGGUUUCUCUUCUUCGAUAUCGAUACAUCAUACAUGUAAAUCUCUAUGGGGAAAGAUUUACAGGCAUUCUUCGAUUUCUUGUGAUUUCUUUAAUCUUACAUCCCGAGAGUGUCGAAUUCUUGCUCUUGUUCUUUUAAUGCUUCUGUGUUCUUUGCAUAAUUUCAUGUACUAUCAUGAUUUACAGACCAGAGCACCAUCUCUAUCCUGCUCUGUCUACUUCCCAGUGAUACUAAUACACAGGACUGAACUAUUCUGUGGAA